CUACCUGAAGUAAAAUCGUCGGUAUACUUGAAGCAGUGCGCUCGAACUUUCGUUAGACGGCCAACGAAACAUAAAUCAGCGUUUGUUACGCACGAGUUUCCCUCAAGCAUUGUCACGAUUACCAGUGUCUUUUGCAAAAGCUGAGCAUCGGUUCGGCCGGACGAGAGCGAGCGAGCGAUUUCGUGCGUUCGCAUUAGAAGGAAAAUGUCAAGCAUUUUUUGAGCUACAUCGGUAUUGCUUCGUAUUCUUACGUAAUAUAAAAGCAAUUGUUAAUUACAAUUAAUACUUCCGCCGGAUCAUAGAUGCAGCAGAAUUAUUGAAGAAAUGAAGAUAUAUAAUUCUGAUGUAAUAAUUGUAAGCGGCGCAAGAGGUGAAAAGAGGCCAUCCAAUCCCGAACUCUCUUCGUUACAAAAAGCAUGUCUGCAAGGUGACGAAGGUACAGUUGAAACGUAUCUUCGGAGUUACGCAAACGUGAAUGAUCAUUACUCUCACAAUAUAAAAUUUGAUUUGAUUGUUAAAUUGGUAUCUUCGGAGAUUAUAAUUGACCUGGAGUAUCUAGAUGGAUUUACUGCGCUGCACUUUGCGGUUCUAAGGACGGAACCCUAUAGAAUUAUGAAAUUACUUUUGGAACAUGGAGCAGAUAUAAACGCCGUAGAUGCAGAAGGCAGAACACCCUUACACAUAGCGUGUGCGUUAUACGAUGCAGCUUCUCCUUCUAUCUAUGACCACGUUAGAGUUAUGGAAUUUUUAAUAGAAAAUGGCAGUGACCUCAGUGCAAAAGACCGUCAUGGCAAUACUCCCUUAAUGACUAUUUUCGAUUUAAAUCAAUUUAUUUCAUUGGAACGUAAGAACGAAUUUCUGCCGAUCGUUAACAUAAGAGACAAGUUAAAAUGUUUAAUUAAACAUGAAGUCGAUGUCACAGAAACUAAUUCUUACGGCGAUAAUAUCUUGCAUAUUAUCAUCGAGAAUGCGAGUUACUUACACCUUUAUGGUUGUGAACUGUUCAACCUAUACUACGAUUACUAUGCGGAAAUGCUCCAGCUAGUUUUGAGAGUCAGUGAGAGAAUUGACAUGAAUGCCAAGAACGACGAUAACCUGUCUCCCCUGGAAGUAGCAAUUACAGUUGCCAAACCUUCUUUGAUCAAGGUUCUUCUGGAUCAUGGUGCUGAUUUGCACAGCAUUGAAUUAGAUGUUAUCGAAUUUGAUUAUCCUGACUUUACACACCCAAAUCUAGAUUUUAUACAGGACUUGAUUUCUAUGCUUGAGCUAUUGUCAAGCUACAAUUUCGAAUUUAGUUGGAAAACUAAGCUUGAGAUUUUGAAGUUUAUCGCACACGAGGAUUCCUAUUGUCACUGUGCGCACAACCCAAAUUUUAAUGAGGGUUAUUUCUUGUAUCAAAUGGCGAGUGUUUUAAAUCAUGCCUCUCCACGUCACGCGUACUACGUUUUAGAUAAGUUUCUUGAGCUAAUGCAAAGCGACCCAAAUGAACUAUACGUAAAGGCAGAAAUUUUUUUAAGUAUGGUGCUCCUAAAUUAUUCUAUGACCAGAACCGGUGGGAUAUACGGAGAUCGUGUUUUUCUUGAAAUAGUAAACCAACUUUUGAUCGAGCACCAGCCUGAACAAGAGUUAUUGGAGAAUUGUCAAGCCGAACGUAAACGCAUGGAGUCUAUAAUAUUGAAAAGCAACAAGUCGCUAGCUUAUCUUAUGUCAAAAAGUCCCUAUACUAUCUAUGAAUACGUCGUAAAAGAAAAAAGCAACUUUAUGAAAAUUGCGUGCAAUUUUAAAGUCUAUGGAGACGUCAUUAAAGGGCACGUGACCCAAUGUCUCGUUAGACGUUUAUUGGAAACGUCAGCUUGCGAUUUUUGGGUAAACUUGACAGGUUAUGCACUACCUUUUCAUUGUUGUCAACUCGUAUUUUCCGAUCUCACCAACGAAAAUAUUUUGAAUAUAUGCAUUGCAUCAUUGUAGGCUCAAACGAACGCGAAUGGAUGUUUCAAGUUUGCACAAUGUUGUCGUUAACAUUAACGUUAACAUUUCUACAUUUGUGACUGAAAUUGGUCGCGAGAAAUGGAGAAUUGUUAUGUGCAUCACUUGUUGCAGUGAACAUUUAUCGUACGUUGUCUUACACUGAACAAUCUUAUUAUUCCAGAAAUAUUAAUGCUUUUUUCUCCAUCUUUUAUGUAUCGACAUGUAUUGUGAAGUUUUAUUCUACCAUCAAUGUAAAC